AUGACAAGCAGCUCAUUCAAGGAGUGUGAAACAAACAUUCACAUCUGCGAAUCGACUGCCUACAGACGACUGAUGAAGUACGGCCUUUGCGACCGCGGAAUCGUGCCUCAGUUCUAUGGGACAAUGGAACGGAUGGACUUAUUCCAGUAUCAACCUCACCUGAAGAUGUUUCUUAAUGACAAGAAUCCUCCAAGCGCCAUCUUCUUGGGGAACAUUCCUAGAAUGGAAAUGAUCCAUCCGCACUAUUUUACAAAGGAGUUGGGAGAGGCUUUGACCUGUGGCAUCCGAGAGAUUCACAGAGCGUUAGUUCUACAUUGUGACGUCAAAUCUAGGAACGUGAUGAUUGUCAGGAAUGACCCGGAAAGAGUGAUCUGGGUAAACUUUGACAGAGCUCAGACCUACCACGCAGAUAGCCUUACUGAAAGGCAACAAGGAUGUAUUGAGGAUGAAGAGCUGAUGGUGUCUCAACUCGCAGACUCCCUAGAAGCUGAUCUGAUGUUUUUGGUUGACGGGCUGCCUUCAGAUGAAAGGAUCACAACUUCAAAAGCGCACCUCCAACUGCAGCCUUGUUGUUUCAUCAAUCUCAGCCGCUCACCGAGCCCUGUUGCUUGGAUAUCUGUCGAAAUCAUCUUCCAGGAAACGCAGAUCUCCGGACAAGGGGAUGCAGGCGUCCAAAAGAUCACGUUCCGCAUUAAUCAACCGUCGAAGGCCACUCAGCAGGAGAAUGAACUAGCUUUCUCCGUUCAGUCAGCGCACGAGCCAAGCCCCUUUGACAUGAAUGGCAAGGAACCCUAUGACAACCGUAUCCUCUGCUGUCUGGCGCACCCGUCUCUUUACCCGGAUGGGAACAUCCUUCAUCAGGAUAUUUCUGAGAAAAACAUAAUAAUAACUGACCCUGAAAAGGCGGAUGGUCACUCUGGCAUGCUAAUUGAUCUGGACCUUGCCAAAGAAUUUGGCAGCGAGCGCAGCGGCGCACAGCACCAGACCGGCAUGAUGGAGUUCAUGGCGAUCGAGGUGCUGCUUAAUGUCGACCAUACCUAUCAUCAUGAUCUUGAGUUGUUCUUCUACGUGCCUAUCUGGCAAUGUGCCCAUCACGGUUGGGAAAACAGCAUGCUGAAAAAGUCUUAUAGUAGCACAAUUGCAACUUAUAAACGAGGCAACAUGAAAGCUGGCGGAUUUGAAUAUCUUUUUUCAGGAGUUUCCACUGGAAUUCGAGUGCAUCAAGCCUCCUUGCAGGACUAUCAAGCCGGACGAGGGAUGCUUCGUAGGCUAGAGUUGAGAGCUGGGCGUCAGGGUAUCCUGAAGUCUGCAAUACUAAAAGGAUUUCAGAUGGCAUGUGGGAAUGCCAGGCGCACCGGAUUCAAGGGUUAA